AUCACCAUGGCCGACGCCGACAAUGAGCCUACGAAACGCGAAUUCCACUUCAACGAGCAGCGUGCGAGUCUGCGGUCGGAUACUUCGCAGAGCUCCUCCAACGCCCGCUCGCGCUCAAGACAUCAGAGUCUACUGUCCCAGCGACAGAGUCUGCCACGGACCACAGAGGACUUUGACCUCCAUCCGGAUCGUGCGGACAGCGAAACUUUGUCCUCGCCGCCUGGGAGUCCUUCACCGGCGCCUGCUGUGCCAAGAGACCGCUCGGAAACGGUAGCGAGUCGAGAGAAGGAGAAAAGAAGGAGCAAGAGAUCAAGCACAGGUAGAGGUUCAGCCACAUCAAGAUCGAAAUCACGCACAAGAGCUACACCAAAAGGACGCAAUAUAGAAGACCUCCUAGUUGCAGCGUCAUGGGACAAUCUGGACUUCCUAUCCUCGCCACCACCAGAACUGCCGGGUCUACCGCCUGCACAACACGCAGAACCACGCACACCAACAAAGCAGCGCUCACGCCGCCCCUCACUCUUCAGCCGCUCAAACCCCAGCAACGCGGCCCAGUCCCAGAACAACAUCACAGCGCUGCCUACCAUGACCGACGACGCGAAGCAACAGCUCUCCGAAGCCGACAGAUACCACCAAUCCUGGUCGACGCCAAAAGCCCAGCGCGCGUCUAAGCUCUUGACAGAACUGUAUACAGUGUCGUUUUUGAUUUUCUUCGCCAUCUGGGGCUCGCUGGCGCGCCUCGGCCUCCAGGCACUAACCUUCUACCCCGGCGCGCCGGUCCUCUUCAGCGAGCUAUGGGCCAACGUCGCAGGGACAUUCAUCAUGGGCUUCUUAUCCGAGGACAUGCGGUUGUUCCGCGAAGAAUGGGGGGGUUCCGCCGGCGGCGCGUCCAUGGCACAACCCGAAGACCGACCCGCUGAAGGCCACCAGAAUUUGGAGAAGCAGCGGACGAGGGAUAAGAAGAGCCACGGCAAGGUCAAGAAGACGAUUCCAAUAUAUGUGGGCUUGACGACGGGGUUCUGUGGGAGUUUUACGAGUUUCUCGAGUUUUGUGAGGGAUGUGUUUUUGGGCAUGUCCAACGAUUUGGCUGCGCCGAUGUACCAUCCUACCUCGAGUCCCUCGGCGCUCGUCCACCGCGACGCUGGGUACUCGGUCAUGGCGCUCUUGGGCGUGGUGUUCAUCACCGUGGCUUUGUGCUUCUGCAGCUUGAGAGUGGGCGCCCACUUAGCCGUCUACAUGGAUCCGGUUACACCCACGCUGCCCUUCCGCUUCACGCGCAGAGUGCUCGAUCCGCUCUUCGUUGUCCUAGGGAUUGGGUCCUGGAUCGGCGCGGUGGCUAUGGUCGCUCUCCCUCCACACAACGCAUGGCGCGGACAAGCACUCUUCGCGUGCGUAUUCGCGCCGGUCGGGUGUCUGAUGCGAUACUAUGUCUCGCUCCUCCUCAAUGCCAAGAUUCCGUCGUUCCCGCUCGGCACGUUUGUGUGCAAUAUGUUCGGCACGACGGUGCUCGGCAUGUCGUACGAUCUCCAGCGCGUGGCGAUUGGCGGUGUUGCGGGCGGCAGUGUCGUGGGCUGUCAAGUGCUCCAAGGUAUCGAGGAUGGGUUUUGCGGCGCGCUGACGACGGUGUCGACGUGGAUGCUUGAGCUUGAUACGUUGAGGAGGGGGCAUGCGUAUGUGUAUGGGACGAGCAGUGUUGUCGUGGGGUUGAGCAUCAUGACUGUGAUUAUGGGGAGUGUGAGGUGGAGUAUUGGGUGGGAGGCUGUUGCUUGUGUAACGUGAUGGGUGCGUUCCGAGGGAAAGGGUUGAUGUGAGACGAUAAUGAAUGGAUAUAUAGUGGUUAAUGAAGGCUAUGGAUAUGGGUGUAUGUAUGGUUGGGAUAGCUGGAACGGUACAUAUGAUGGAACAGAUACCCAAGCUAAAUACGUUAAUAUGUUGUUG